GUUUGGUGGUCUUCUCUCCUUCUUCUCUGGCAUCUUCUCUCUGUACUUCAUCUGUGUCCCGAAGCUCGUCUGGAAGGCGCCAUAUAGCUGCUUGAAAACCCCCAAGAAUUUCGAAAAGACGCCACAAUGCCUGCCUCUUCUACGACUCUUCCUCCUUUCGCCUCUUCUGCUUCUACGACUUCACAAAGCCAAACUGAAUCGCGAAUUUGUGUUGCUCGUUGAA